AAUUAAAAAUAUGAGAUGAGGUGCAACUCCCCACUCCAACCACUCAUAAGAAAAGGGCAGCUUCACAGAACAACUGAAAAUACCUGGCACUAAUUUAUUUGGGACAAUGCCAAAACAGCAAACAAAGGUUUAAGUUCCCUCGUCUUCCCUAACUGAAAAUAAAAGGCAAAGAAAGACUAUUUUUAUUACCUAUGCUCCUAACCAACAAAAAAGAGACAACAGGAUUAAAUAAAAAUGGCUUCUUACUGCAGUUUAUAACCACCUACUGGAAAUAAGUCUGACUGCUGGCAUUAUAAACCAAGCUGGUACAUAAAGGUACUGAAUGACCAGUGAUGGGUCGCCCAACACCCCAUUCCCAUACAUAGAAGGGAUGCCUUCUAUGAACAUGGUAACAAAUCAGGACGAUUUCUAGCUAACCAGUCAAAAUAAAUUAAAAAAUGACUAUAUGUGCCAUUAAAGACUCAUCUGGAAGCCCUGAAAAGUAUGCCCAAUAAUAAACAUAGAUGAAUGAAUAAACAUAGAUUACUUAAUUUGAUAGACACAGUAAAAACACUGAAACCACAGUAUUGUCUCUAAAUGUAGAAAAAGCACUUGAUAGAGUUGAUAGGGUAGGGCUCAGCCUUUAACUGUGUGAACUUCAUUUAUUUAAACUGCACUUUGAAUGGAAUGACUUUGAAAAAUAAUUUCAAGAGGAAUUCAGUUUAGACAUCACCUAGUAUGACCUCACCUGGAUUUUAGCCUUUUGAUGGCUUAAAAUAUCUUAACUCAGGUAAAGAAAUAAAAAAAGUAUGCAAUCAACAUUUCAGUUUCCUGACUAAUACUUUGGGUAACACCCAAAAUUAAUCAUUUGCUAACCUAUCUUAAGUAAACAUAGACGUGGCGGUAUUUUUCAUGAGAAGUAAUAGUUCACUAAGUUCAAAGUUCAUCAUUUACAACAGUACAGAAGUUAAACAUGACUGACUUUUAUGGUGCCACACCCAAAGAAACAGUCCAAAGAAAGGACACUAGUGCUAUUUAGAAAGCAACUGAGUUAGAAGAUGAGUUCUUCUCAGAGUCUGUCAACGCUGGAGUCCAAACUGGAGGCUCUGCAGUGCCACUUCAACUGGAAUCUGGACUGUAGCAGGUCCACACUUUUCCGUCUCAAGUACAAUUUGGAGGACAUUGGCACCGAAGAGGGGAAGAGCUGGUUGGGUCACAUUUAUAACUUGCAGGGGUUCAUUCACUACCAGCUGGGCUUCAGUGAAGAUGCCCUGCGUUUCUUCAGCAGGGCCACAGAAGCCUUCCGUCAGAUGAGAAACACAGUAUCAGAUGAGGGUCCCUGGCUGGUAGUGAACUAUGGGAACCUGGCUUGGCUACACAACCAACAGGGAGAACAAACACAAAGUCAGAAUUACCUGUCAAAGAUUAAUGCACUGAUGAAUGAAUACCCAUCUCCAUCCCAGGAUGAACUCCAUCCAGAGAUUUAUGCAGAAAAAGCCUGGACCCUGAUGAAGUUCAACAAAGAAAAAAAGCUGCUGGCUAUAGAUUACUUCCAGAGAGCCAUCAGGAUGCAGCCUGACAUGGUGGCAUGGCAGACCAGCUAUGUGUUAGCAUUAGUGAAUGCUCAUAACAAUAGCGACCAUGCCAUCUUGGAAAAAAUGAGAAUCGCCAAAGAACAUGAUCCAGAGAACUUGUACCUUGCUGCACUUUACCUUGAUGCAUGUCCUCAAAAAGGAACAAAAAUGAAAGAUGAAGUCUGCACAUUGGCCAGAAGAGUUUUAAAAAAGCCAGUUAGCAGCUACAGUGGUAUCAAUCCAAUACUUAUGCUUUACAGUAAAUAUUUAUCUGUACAUGAAGCUAUUGAUUUGAUAGAAGAAGCUCUGGAAAGACAUCCAGAUGAACGUUACCUGAAGUGGUGUGCUGCAAACUGCUACAGAAGUAGGAUCUUUUUCAGGCAGACAAGAACCGGUCUGCUCGAGCGCAGCAUGAUUGACAAAGCCAUCAGUCUCUGUAAGGAGGUGAUUUCCCUUUACCCUCAUUCUUCACUUAACAUGAAAAUAACUCUCGCAGACAUAUAUGUAAAGGUAAAUAACCACGACAAAGCUGACCAGAUAUACAAUGAACUGCUAGAAAGUGACCUGGAAUAUAAAGAGCAACAGAUGCUUUACAACAAAUAUGCAAAACAUUUAUAUUUUAAUGGAAAGUUGAUUGAUAGACAAAAGUCAAUAGAAUAUCACAAGAAGGCAGCAGCGAUACCACACCAAUCCUUGUAUCGCAAAAGCAGCAUUAUAAUGCUGGAGAAAUACACUGAAAAAUCUGGUAGCAGAGAAAUAGAGGAAUUUCUAAUGAAGCUGCAACAGUAAGAGCUCACGCUAAGGUUACGGACAAGAAAGAGAAUAAAGAUAAAGAACAUUUACUAUGCUGGCAGUCUAAAUGUUUGUAACGAAACUAAUAAUUAAUUAUUAUUGAUUCAGAUAUUGUUAUAACAGUAACAAUAACAUACAUGACCUGAAAAAGAACUGUACUGAUUUUAAUAUUGUUCCAUUAAUGUUGCUGACUCUUACCCAAGUUUUGCAGUUUGCAUUUGUUUAUUGUUCAUUCAUUUAGUUGUGUUUUACAUAAAAGGUCUAAUUUUGAAAAAGCUGAAUAAUUUUUUUUUUAAGAGCUUUUGUAUUUGUCUCUUGUUAUCCUCUGCGGCUGAGACAAUCAAAUGAAGUUACUGGAAAAUGAUCUGGAACACUAUGACACCUUCUGAAAUGAGAUCAUAACAGUUAUGUGUAAAGGAAUGCAGAGUGAUCAGCGGACAUCUCCAAGCUGGCACGGGCUCAUGAUGCGAAAAAAGAAGUGAGCAGAUGCACGGUGGAUUUCAAGCAGUACUGUCCUCAGCUUCUCACAGACAGUUUACAAAAUGUGCACAUCGACAAAGACUGAAGCAGAUAGUGCAAAUCAGGGGUAUCAAACUGAUUUUACAUCGCAGGCCACAUACAGCCACUUUGAUCUUAAGUGGACCAGUGAAACCCUCUUUUCUGUUAGUGUAAAGAAGUCACAUCUUUAACUGCUUUUCUAUAUGAUAAAGAAAAAGCUGAGAAAAAAAGAAAUCUGUCAGCACCUCUCUUUGGACUUGAAUUGUAAAUAAAUGUGUAAAAUUACUGAAAAAGCUCCGGUCCACUCUUAGAAAGAAUAAGUUAAACAUUUUUUAAUUCUAAUAUAAUGUGUAAAACACUAAAUAUUUUAAAAAUGUGCACAGUUUUUGUGUUAUUUUCAGAAUCCAGCAAAAGCAGGAUCUAAAACAAGCAGUUCAGUAUUAAUGUGUUUGUGUUUAAGUGUAUAUUAACUAUUAUAUUCUAACAAUAUAAAUUGAAUGAAUGUAAAUAUCCAAUUAUUGGUCUUUUUCACAGUCCUACCCUUUUAAUUUUUAUCAAAUCAUAUAUUUUAUGAUUUAAUGUGGGCCAAGGUGUGCAUGGUAUACUAAAUUUGGAAGAAUAGGUAAUAAAUUAAACUAAAAGAAGCUUAAACACACACGCUGGAAAAAUAAUCUAAUUUUGCCCAGGAACAUGACAUAUUAGUAGCGGGAAGGGGGCGGUCUUUCUUCAUGCCACUGAGACAAAGGACACAAAGAGGGGGGCUGCCUGGCUUGAAAUACUGUAACACCCUACAGUAAGUAUCCCUUAGUAGUUUAGCUUAAUGUAAUGAAAAAACAUCAUAGAAAUAUGAAAUUUAAAAAAAAUGAAAAUACGUAUUUCUGAAGGCAUGUGAUGUUUUUAGAAAAAUCAUCGUUGUAUGAGGAGUUUUGAGUUCCUCUAACUGGCUAGCUAACUAGAGAGCUAAAUGAGGGUUAAAACUUAUUUAUUUAAACAAGC